AUUCUACAUCAACCUAUACAUACAGAUGCGUAUAAGUAAUAAUUUUGUGUCUAUAUAUCAACCCAAAACGCCAUAUUUUUUCAUCCAAACACAGCUUUUCUGUGAGAGGAGCCUCUUCUUCAUUACAAAAUACAAACGACGUCAUUUUAAUCAUCUCACUGACACCAUAGACUGGAUCCAAAGAAGAAAAAGUUGAAGAUAUAUGGCAGGCGACGUAGGAAGCGGUAUGGAGGACCAGACUUUGAUGGAUGUGAAGGGGAGAAAUGGGACUAGCACAGAUCAGGAUGAGGCCAAAAUUCCAUCUUGUUGUGUGAAGGCUAGAAGUCUUGAUCCUGAGUUUGAAGCUAAUUGUCAUUCCACUGUGGUUUCUGGAUGGUUCUCUGAGCCUCAGUCAUCUGCAGAUAAAAGUGGCAAAUGUAUUUAUUUUAACAAUCCAAUGUGGCCAGGAGAAGCACAUUCCCUGAAAAUGGAUAAGAUUUUGUACAAAGAGAAGUCCAAGUACCAAGAGAUCCUUGUGUUUGAGUCCGCUGCAUAUGGAAAGGUGCUUGUACUUGAUGGGAUUCUUCAGUUAACGGAGAAAGAUGAAUGUGCAUAUCAGGAGAUGAUUGCUCAUCUUCCACUUUGCUCAAUUGCAUCCCCCAAGAAUGUCCUGGUUGUUGGUGGUGGUGAUGGCGGAGUAUUGAGGGAAAUUUGUCGUCACAGCUCUGUGGAGCAUAUUGAUAUAUGUGAAAUAGAUAACAUGGUUAUAGAUGUGAGUAAGAGGUUUUUUCCAGAGCUGGCUAUUGGAUAUGAGGAUUCCCGUGUCCAACUUCAUGUUGGCGAUGGUGCCGAGUUUUUAAGGAAUGCACCUGAAGGGAAGUAUGAUGCAAUCAUUGUUGAUGGAUCUGAUCCUAUUGGUCCUGCUCAAGAACUAGUGGAACAGCCUUUUUUCGAGUCUGCAGCAAGAGCACUGAGACCUGGAGGUGUUUUUUGUAGCAUGGCAGAGAGUAUGUGGCUACAUACACAUCUUAUAGAUGAUAUGUAUGGUGCUUGCCAAAAUGCAUUUAAGGGUUCUGUUCAUUAUGCAUGGACAAGUGUUCCAACAUAUCCUAGUGGUGUUAUUGGAUUUUUGAUCUGUUCAACUGAAGGACCACCUGUGGAUUUUAGGAACCCUGCUAACCCUAUUGAGAUGUUAGAUGGAGCCCUCAACUAUAGGAGGGAACUUAGGUUUUACAAUUCGGAGGUUCAUACAGCAGCCUUUGCAUUGCCUUCAUUUGUCAAAAGGGAAGUGAGUCGGCUUUGAGAUACCCUCAGCAAGCAGGACAGAAGUUUGUAUCCUUUCAAUCGCUUACUGACAUCACUGUCCUCAUGUUCUGCGGUGUGCAAAUAGGCAAUUAUUAUGAAGUAAUUUGAAGAGAGAGACGUGUAUAGCUGCAGCAUUCGUACUCCUAAGUACAUUCUCCAUUGGUUUGGGUUCAAAAAUUUGUACUCAAGUACAUUGUUCAUUGGUUUGGAUUCAUAUUUAAUCAUGUAAGAUUCGGAGCUUUAGUAGAAUGUAAUUGUUUCGCUAUAUAAACUGUUUGUUUGGAUAUAAUGGGGAUGUAGCUUUUAGUA